AAGAUUAAGGAAUUUAUGAAAAAGAAAGGCAGAGGCUAAGUCCAAGAAAAUUGACAUAACUAGAAUAUAAACAUAGGAUCUCACACUUAUAUAACCCACACAUCUGCACGUACUUUUCACUCACCAUACACAACUUCUUGUGGGGGUUUUAGUUUAGUUUAGUUUUGCUAUACCCAUACCCCUCAAUCGCUCCCUCUCCCCUCAAAUUCUGAGUUUAAUCUUUCUCAAUCAUGAAACCAUACUACAUACUCUUCCUACUUCUUCUCUCCCAAUUCCCAUUUUUUGCGGUGAGUUACCAUGACUACGCCGACGCAUUGUCCAAAUCUAUUAUGUUUUUCGAGGGACAGCGUUCCGGGUACUUGCCGGCGGACCAGAGGUUGGCUUGGCGGGGGAACUCCGGGCUUGGCGAUGGGUGGAUGGUGUCGCAGGAUUUGACCGGCGGAUACUAUGACGCCGGAGAUAAUGUUAAGUUUAAUUUUCCGAUGGCGUUCACCACCACGAUGCUGGCGUGGAGCGUGGUGGAGUUUGGGGAGUGCAUGCCGCCGGCGGAGCUGAGGAAUGCUCUGGUGGCGAUCAGGUGGGCCACGGAUUAUUUGUUGAAGACGGUUUCUCAACCCAACCGUAUUUUUGUUCAGGUUGGAGAUCCGAUUAGUGACCAUAAUUGUUGGGAAAGGCCAGAGGAUAUGGACACAGCUAGGACAGUUUACACGGUUGAUGCACCAAAUCCAGCCUCUGACGUUGCUGGUGAGACAGCCGCGGCACUGGCUGCCUCCUCCAUUGCGUUCAGAUCAUCCGAUCCCGGAUAUGCUGAGACUCUGUUUCGAACUGCAACUAGAGUUUUUGAGUUUGCAGAUAGUUACCGUGGCGCUUAUAGUGAUAAUUCUAACAUUAGAGAUGGGGUCUGUCCAUUUUACUGUGAUUUUGAUGGAUAUCAGGAUGAACUGCUGUGGGGAGCUUCAUGGCUAAGAAGGGCAUCACAGGAUAACUCUUACCUUGACUACUUGCAAAACAAUGGCAAAACUCUUGGUGCCGAUGACAACAUUAAUGAGUUCGGAUGGGACAAUAAACAUGCCGGUCUAAACGUGCUAGUUUCCAAGGAGGUAUUGGAGAGCAGCAUGUACUCUCUCCAGUCAUACAGAGCAUCAGCCGAUAGCUUCAUGUGCACACUCAUACCAGAGUCUUCCUCCUACCACAUAGAGUUCACUCCUGGAGGCCUCAUUUACAGGCCUGGCGGUAGCAAUUUACAGCAUGCAACCACCAUUUCUUUCCUCUUACUCGUCUAUGCAAAUUACUUGGAAAGAUCUUCCCAAACUGUCAACUGUGGGGAAGUCAGCAUUAGCCCUUCAAAGCUGAGGCAAAUAGCUCAAAGGCAAGUUAAUUAUAUCCUAGGUGAAAAUCCUAAGGGAAUGUCAUACAUGGUUGGGUAUAGUAAUUUGUACCCUCAAAGGAUCCACCAUCGCGGUUCCUCCCUUCCUUCCACCAAAGAUCAUCCUCAGGUCAUCGGUUGCAAGGAGGGAUCAACCUAUUUUAACUCGUCGGACCCUAAUCCUAACAUCUUGGUUGGGGCCAUCGUGGGUGGGCCCGGGGAAGACGAUGACUAUGAGGAUGAUAGAGCCGAUUUUCGGAAGUCCGAACCCACAACUUAUAUCAAUGCACCAUUUGUUGGAGUUCUUGCAUACUUUGUUGCCAAUCCUAAUCCUUAGUUAGGGCAAGAACAUGAUGAAAAAUGUGUAUAGAUUCAAGAUGAAGAAAGUAUUGCGAGUGGAAAUUAGAAGAAAAACAAGAGAGUCUCUCAUCUUGCGUAAAAGCAAGGAGGAAGAGGCUAAGUGAUAGGAUUGUUUGGCUACAAUAGCUCAUUGGCCAUGCAUGUCGUUGCAGCUAUGAAUUUCAGUUUGAACUUUUGUUUCAUUCAUACUUCAA